AUGGCACCAACGCUCGAAGAUGUUGCGAAACCACAGAGUAUGCCUAGUGGACCACGGAACGUACUUCGUUCCAAUGACUCUGCAAGCCUUUGGAAUUGUACACUCUCACCGGGAUGGUCACGAGAAGAGAGCGAUAUUUUAAGGAAAGCGCUUAUGAAGUUUGGAAUCGGCAACUGGGCAAAAAUUAUCGAUUCACAGUGUCUUCCAGGAAAAACUAAUGCUCAAAUGAAUUUGCAACUUCAAAGGAUGUUGGGACAACAAAGUACGGCAGAAUUUGCUGGUUUACACAUCGACCCUUUGGCGAUAGGAGAAAAAAAUUCAAAGAUUCAAGGAUCAAAUAUAAAACGCAAAAACAAUUGCAUUGUCAAUACUGGAGGAAAGCCUACAAGGGAUGAAAUCAAACGAAGAAUUCAACAAAACAAACAACUAUAUGAGAUUUCUGAAGAAGAAUGGAACAAUAUUGAAUUGCCAAAACCUGAAGAUCUACAAUCGGUAUUAGAAUCUAAAAAUGAAGAUCUUCGACGUUUACAACAAGAAUUGGAAAGUGUACGAGCACAGAUAGCAAACAUACGAC